AUGGAGAUUGACGCCGUGCAUCUGUGCGGGCUACCAGGGGGGUUACAGGAGACCUCAUGGUCAGUGGUAGGCACACGGAAGGAACCUCCUGGAGUCUUCAUAGGGGCGUCGAAAGUCGACGAUUUCACCAUCCUGCUGUCCAGGCAGUCGGACGGCGCGUCCACAUUCUCCGUGUCGUCUCGGACUCGGCUCCGCGCGUGGCCUCUGGGUCCGCCCACGCACCGUUUCGCGGCCCCGUGCGUCUCCGACCGCGCGUCCCGCCACCACUACGCGCUGCUCCAGGGGAGUGCGGACGCGCCAGCGACGGGCGCACCAGGGGCGGAUGCGCCAGCCGCGGAGGCGCAGGUGCUGGCGAGCUGGCCUUUCGGCGCGUCCUCUAUUGCGCCCUCCGCGCUCCUGCACAAGACAGGCGCGGCGGACGGUUGCUACGUGGUGGAAGCUGAUAGGCCGAUCGUCCGCCUGUUUCCACUGACUGCGGCGGGAAGCGCCAACGCUGACGCAACGAAGCCUGCAGACGAGACCACACCUGGCACCGCCGCCACCGCUACCGCCACCUCUACCCCCGUCCCGCCCUCCGGGGGUGUUCUCGCCCUCUGCGCGGAUGGCUCCAUCCGAACCUACUCGCCGGACCUCUCCCUGACCUCAUCGCUCACCGAGCCUGCGGACGGACCUAAGAUCCGGGUGGAGGCGUCAGGCUCGGGGAGCUGGCUUGGGAACAAGGGGGAUGGGAAGCGGGGGAGUGAGUGGGUCUUGGCAGUGGUGGGUGUGGAGGAAGGGGAGGGGGCGAGUGAGGGAAGCAGCAAGAGCGGCAGGGGCGGAGAGGCAAGGGUGGUGAGAGUGUACCACGUGGCGUGUGGUGCGGCGGGUGAUGCGGCCAUGGCUGAUGUGGAUGUGAUGGCACGAGGCAACGGGCAUGGGGAUGUGCCUGUAGUGAAGGUGACUCUGUUGAAGUCCUUCAGAGUCAGGAGCCGUGGGCAGGAGGGGGGAGAGGAGGAAAAGGAGGAGGAGGAAGAGGCAGGAGGGGAGGAAGCAGGGCGUGCUGUUGUGUCGCUGUGCGUGGGUGAUGCAGGCGAGAUCAUGCUCCUAUGGAGUGAUGCCACGUGGCAGUGCUUCCCCAACACCAUCCCACCCCAAGCCCCCAAGGACUCCGUCACUCUCCCCGCUUUCCUGGAAGCAUCCCUGACACGAAGCCUUGCAGUGGCGGCAACACAGGUGGUGCCUGAGGGCGGUGCCACCCACCACCCAGCUUCAAAACCCUCGUCUUCCCAGGCGAGAGUGACAGCAGCAGCCAUGGCUGCAGUGCCUGGGUCUCGCUACUGCGUCGUACUUGCUGCCAAGCCCCCUUCUCACACUAAACCCCCUCUGAACGCCACAGACAACGCAGUUCCUGCAAGUUUGCCGCUUUUCGCCAUUGCCUUGGAUACCCUCUUUGGCUGUGUGCACGCCUGCACCCCUCUCCCCUCCUCCUGCUCCCUCCCCGCCUCCCUCCCCCCCUCGCCCCUCCCCUUGCCGCUCAUUCACGCGGAAUGGGUGGGCCCUUCCCCAGAAGACGCCUCCCUGCUGGUUACCACGCCAACCACACUGAACUCCUUGCAUGUGCACUGCCCCCCGCUCUCCCUUGCCUCGGUUCUAGGGGCUUUCCAACCCGCCGUGCCCCUGCUCUUGCCCACCGAACCUGCUGCCGAGCCUGCUUCCGGAGCAGCAAGGACUGAUUCGGUGAAAGUAAGGGAGGUGCCUGCAGGUGUGGUGACUGCUGGGUGGGGUGGUUUGGCUGCUUCUGCUGCUAGGGCGGCUGGUUUGGCGCUAGCAGACAAAUCUGGGCCGGGCCACAGCAACCCGCUACAGCCGACUGGGUGGUUUGUGGGAUCCACAUUGCAUGACUCGGGAUUGGUGAAGAACCUUCCAGGAAAGGACGCGGGGAUAGAGGGCCAGGAAGGAGAGGAAUUGGGAGGGGGGUUGAAGCCAGGAGUCGGGCAAGGGAAGCAGAAACUGAAAGAGAAGAAAAAGGCAAAGAAGUCGCGUGGGAAGGCAAGGUUUGGAAAGUUGCACAUGGCCCUGAACCUGUCCCGGGCUGCGGACGGCAAUGGGCGGCAGUGGUUGUCUUUUGUGGGGAGCGAGGCAGAGAUGGCCUUGCUCAAUGCUCUGGAAGGAAUGGCUUUGAGGAGCGAGGAGGGGGUGGAGGGUGGGAAGGGAGUAGGGAGCGAGGGUGUUGAGAAUGGGGAGGAGAGGGAGGAGGGGGAGGAUAUGGAAGAGGGCGAGGCGGAUGAGAAGGAAGAGGAGAUGGAGGAGGAUGAGAAAGAGGAGGGAGAGGAGGAGGACGAAGAAGAGGGAGAGGAUGGGGAAGAGGAAGCAGGAGAGGAAAAGGACGCGUACGAGCGGGCAUUGGAGGAGGCAGAUGGCUUGGCAGAGGGCGGCAGCACGGAGCGGAGGAGAGGGAGAGAGGGAGACGCAUCCAUGGCAGACCAGCACAGGCUGGCCCGUCUUAUCCUGGACUGUGCCAAGCAGCUGACUGAGGAGAGUGGGCUCGAACCCCCAGCAGCCGCAGCCGCCAUGGCUGCUCUGAGUUCGGACCACCAGUCACUUGCCGCCUCCGUGACCGAAUGCGUGCGGCUGUUCUCGCCCUCGGUUGUGUCAGCGCUGACUCAGCACGCGCUGGCACGCUCCCACCGCAUGCUGCUCCGAGCCAUCGUCAGCUCCGGCCAGGUCACGUCGGCGCUGUGCCCGAACCUGGUGCCGAGCCUGGUGGCUCGGCGGGAGGUGUUGCUGCUAGAGGUGUGUCUGGUGCACAUGGGCGACCUGCCUCCCAGACACCUGGCUCUCAUUCUCCGCUUGCUGCUGCAUGAUGCCGUGGCUGCCAGUGAGCAUGCAUGCGAGCAGCAUGCCAGAAGCAACGCAGAGAAAGGGAGAAGUGUGGAUGAGGAGGAGGAGGAGGGGGUGGGUGGGAAGGGAGAAGGGGUGCAGGAUGGGCAGGGGUUUGUGAGCAGCAGAGUGGCGGAGUUGAGGAGGCUGAGGGGGCGGAGGGCCGUGGCAGAUGUACGUUCAGUGCUGGCUGGUGCUGCUACAGGGUCUAAGAAGUUUAAGAAAGCCAAUCAUGCCCGGCUUCAGUCCUCGCUGGCAGCUGCGCUGACAUCAUCUGCUGAGCUGGACGCGUUCACUGACGCCGAGCUCAUCCUCCACACAGUUGUUGCCGUCCCAUUCGACGAUACGAUUCUCGCUGCUGCCCUGGCGCCUCUCUCCCUGCCGCACGUCCGCUUCCUCUUCUCAUACUUUGCCAAAUGGGUGGACGUGUAUGCGGCUCGGGGAUUCGCUGUUGAGCUUCCUGCCUACUCUGUCUUCGGGGCGCAGCCGUUCCUCCCCGUACCGCGUUUGGAAAGAAUCUUCGCGUGGGUGUCUACUCUCGUGGAUUGCCACAUCACCCGCCUCCUCAUGCUCCCGGACUGCUUGGAGCCAAUCGCGCGGCUCCACCGGUGCGUCAUGCAGCAAGCAGCGGUGGACAGGAGGCUUACCUCGGUGGUUGGGUUUGUGCCGCACAUUCUGGCGGGACUGCCUCUCCCGGAGAAGCACCCUGAUGGUGGCAGUGAUGGUAUGGUGGGUGUUGAGGAAUCUGGGUUGACUGUCCAGGUUGUGGAGUUGUGA